UUGAGCCCGGGAGCCUGGGGAAAGGGCGGGGCCGGAAGCUUCGGCACUCAGGCCUGGGGGCGGGCCGUAGUGUUACAGCUGUGGUGCGCUCCAGGGGCCUUGGCGUAGGAAGUGUAGAGUUGGUUGCUGGAGUCCUCCUGACCGCUCUAGUGUUAACGGCGUGGCCAUGUCCUCCGUGAACCCCAUCCAGAUCCCCAGCCGCCUUCCGCUGCUGUUGACCCAUGAGAGUGUGUUGCUGCCUGGCUCCACUAUGCGCACAAGUGUGGACACGGCCCGUAACUUGCAGCUGGUGCGGAGCCGUUUGCUCAAGGGCACGUCGUUGCAGAGCACCAUCCUGGGAGUCAUCCCCAACACACCCGAUCCGGCCAGCGACUCUCAGGACCUGCCACCACUGCACAGAAUUGGAACGGCUGCCCUGGCCGUUCAGGUCGUGGGCAGUAAUUGGCCCAAGCCACACUACACUUUACUGAUCACGGGCCUGUGCCGGUUCCAGAUUAUGCAGGUCUUAAAAGAGAAGCCAUAUCCCGUGGCUGAAGUGGAGCAGCUGGACCGACUUGAGGAAUUUCCCAAUACCUGCAAAACCAGGGAGGAGCUGGGAGAGCUGUCGGAGCAAUUCUACAGAUACUCAGUACAAUUGGUUGAAAUGUUGGAUAUGUCCGUCCCUGCAGUUGCUAAACUGAGACGCCUCUUAGAUAGUCUGCCAAGGGAAGCCCUGCCGGACAUUCUCACUUCCAUUAUUCGAACAAGCAACAAAGAGAAGCUCCAGAUCUUAGAUGCUGUGAGCCUGGAGGAGCGGUUCAAGAUGACCAUACCUCUGCUUGUCAGACAGAUUGAAGGUCUGAAAUUACUUCAGAAGACUCGAAAACCUAAACAAGAUGAUGACAAGAGGGUUAUAGCAAUACGCCCCAUCAGGAGGAUUACACACAUCCCAGGAGCUUUAGAAGAUGAAGAGGAGGAGGAAGAUAAUGAUGACAUUGUCAUGCUGGAGAAAAAAAUAAGAACAUCUAGUAUGCCAGAACAGGCUCAUAAAGUCUGUGUCAAGGAGAUAAAAAGACUCAAAAAAAUGCCUCAGUCAAUGCCUGAAUAUGCUCUGACUAGAAAUUAUUUGGAACUUAUGGUGGAGCUUCCUUGGAACAAAAGUACAACUGACCGCCUGGACAUCCGGGCAGCACGCAUCCUUCUGGACAAUGACCACUAUGCCAUGGAAAAGCUGAAGAGGAGGGUUUUGGAGUACUUGGCUGUGAGACAGUUGAAAAAUAACCUGAAGGGCCCAAUCCUCUGUUUCGUCGGCCCUCCUGGAGUAGGCAAAACAAGUGUGGGGAGGUCAGUGGCCAAGACUCUGGGCCGAGAGUUCCACAGGAUUGCACUUGGGGGCGUGUGUGACCAGUCUGACAUUCGAGGGCACAGGCGCACCUAUGUGGGCAGCAUGCCUGGCCGCAUCAUCAAUGGCUUGAAGACUGUUGGGGUUAACAACCCAGUGUUCCUUUUGGAUGAGGUUGACAAGCUAGGGAAGAGCCUGCAGGGGGAUCCUGCAGCCGCACUGCUUGAGGUGUUGGAUCCUGAACAAAACCAUAACUUCACAGAUCACUAUCUGAAUGUGGCCUUUGACCUUUCCCAAGUUCUUUUCAUAGCGACUGCCAACACCACUGCCACUAUCCCACCUGCUUUGCUGGACAGGAUGGAGAUCAUUCAGGUUCCAGGGUACACACAGGAGGAGAAGAUAGAGAUUGCCCACAGGCACCUGAUCCCUAAGCAGCUGGAGCAACACGGGCUGACUCCUCAGCAGAUCCAGAUCCCCCAGCUUACCACGCUGGCCAUCAUCACCAGGUUAGCCAUCUUGCAGAUGGUGCUGAUUUUAACUGAGUGUCUUGUCUGUCACAGCAAUCAGCAAGCCUUUUUACUGGAGAACGUCCCGUGCAAUAAUGCGAGCUGUGAGGAAGUGCACCGGAUGUUUAAAGUCUACUGGGACCUAGCAGGCCUGAAUCUAAUCAAAGACGCCAUGGUUGCCACCUUUUUUGACAUUUAUGAAGAUGGGAUCUUGGACAUUAUAGUCCUCAGUAAAGGAUACACCAAGAGUGAUGUUGCCAUCCACACACUCAAAAAUAACUUUGAAGCAGAUGCGUAUUUUGUUAAAGUCAUUGUUCUUAGCGGUCUAUGUUCUAGUGACUGUCCUCGUAAGAUAACACCCUUUGGAGUGAAUCAGCCUGGACCUUAUAUCAUGUACACAACAGUAGAUGCAAAUGGGUAUCUGAAAAAUGGCUCAGGUAAGACCACAGCAUCUCAGUCAUCUUCCUUCAGUAUACAGGCAAGCUGCCUCAUACGUCACAAUAUGAAUACAAUUUUCUUUUAUUGCACUUUUCUGAAGAUGUAUAUAAACAAAUUUCAAGAGAUUUCAGGACAAAAAUAUUAA